AUGCUCUCGGCCACCAGGAGGGCUCGCCAGCUCUUUCACAGCCUCUUUCCGAUCCCGAGAAUGGGUGACUCCGCCUCCAAGAUCGUCAGCCCCCAGGAGGCCUUGCCGGGCCGGAAGGAGCCCAUUGUCGUAGCGGCCAAACAUCAUGUCAGUGGCAACAGAACAGUUGAACCUUUCCCAGAGGGAACACAGAUGGCUCUAUUUGGAAUGGGCUGUUUCUGGGGAGCUGAAAGGAAAUUCUGGAACCUGAAAGGUGUAUAUUCAACUCAAGUUGGUUAUGCAGGAGGCUAUACUCCCAAUCCUACUUAUAAAGAAGUCUGCUCAGGAAGAACUGGCCACGCAGAAGUAGUCCGGGUGGUGUACCAGCCAGAACGCAUCAGCUUUGAGGAACUGCUCAAGGUCUUCUGGGAGAAUCAUGACCCGACCCAAGGCAUGCGCCAAGGCAACGACCACGGCUCUCAGUACCGCUCCGCCAUCUACCCGACCUCCGCCGAGCACAUGGGGGCAGCCCUGUGGUCCAAAGAGGACUACCAGAAGGUUCUGUCGGAGCAUGGUUUCGGCCUGAUCACCACGGACAUCCGGGAGGGACAGACCUUUUACUACGCGGAGGAUUACCACCAGCAGUACCUGAGCAAGAACCCCGACGGGUACUGCGGCCUCGGGGGCACCGGAGUGUCCUGUCCCCUGGGUAUUAAAAAGUAA